AAUACGUUCUGUCGAAAAUUCAUCCAGAAUGAGUCGCUUAUCUUUUUACAUUUCGCUUGUAAUAUCCGCAAGCUUAUCGUCCGGUGUUUUUGGGGACCGCCUGACUGUACUGCGUAGCCCCCAGUUUGUCACAUUCAGAGAGGGUCAAUGGCCCAUUUCUGGAGAGAAGAUUCCAGAUCUGGUGGCUCUUACCAUGGGCUUCUCUGUCCAGGAGGAUCUUGACUGGCCAGGAUUAGGGGCAGGUUCACUUUUCCAGCGGCCCAGGGCCAAUGCUCUGAUCGUGGUGAGAGGAGUGGACAGUCUGGAUCUGCCUCGGAACAUCACCUCCUACCCUUUAGAGAAUCCUGUACCCUUUACCCUGGACAACGUUGCCAACACUGUUCACACCCUGUUUGCUGACAGUACCCCUGUGGUUCUACAGUUAGCCCCCAGUGAGGAGAGGCUGUAUAUGAUGGGAAUGGCUAACACAGUAUUUGAGGACCUGCCAGUCACCCUGCAGCAGAUACACGGCAGAUUGUCCCAGGAGGGGUCGGUUCUCCACUCACUGCCUCUCAACUCACUCAGCAGGAGCAACGAGGCCGAUCUGCUGUUUUUGUCUGAAGUUCAGGUGCUUCAUGAUAUCUCUGCUCUGUUGCUGAGACACACUCAUCUGGCUAAAGACCACGCCCCUGACCUUUACUCUCUGGAGCUGUCGGGAUUGGAGGAGAUCAGCCGUCGCUAUGGCGUCGAGUCCCAGCAGUUCCGGGACGCCACCAAGAUCCUGGCCAGCGUGCUGCAGAAGUUCGCUGACGAUGUCUCUGGUGUCUAUGGCAACAACGCAGUGGUAGAAGUGGUGACAGUCAAGACUUUUGAGGCACCCCUGACCCGAAAAUCUCGCUCCAUCCUGCAGUCCAAACAGAAUAGCAAUCCUGGCAGCCCGUACAACUUGGCCUACAAAUAUAACUUCGAGUACGCCGUCAUCUUCAACAUCGUGCUGUGGCUCAUGAUCGCUCUGGCUUUGGCCGUCGUCGCCAUCUCCUACAACCUCUGGAACAUGGACCCGGGCUAUGACAGCAUCAUUUACAGGAUGACCAAUCAGAAGAUCCGGAUGGACUAAUUCCACCCCCUCGUUAUCCUGUGUUAUACACUUUGUUGUUGAGAUUUUGUGUCCUUUCUCUGCUCCCCGAGUAGCUUGAGGGACAAGUGAAUUCAGAUUG